GGCGGGGCUAGACUCUGUCCUAUCUAAGGUGGUAGAGGCCAGUGAUUCUCCAGGCCGCUUCUCCUAGAAAAGUCAUCUUCUCGCGAACCUUUAAAGUCCCUGCCUCCGGAGGCACCUCAAGGGACUAGGACUGACUGCCUUAUCUUUUUCCUCCUUCCAAAAGUCCCGUUUGCUAUCAUGGGGAUGUACCAAGUGAGACGGAGUAGGGGGACCGAGUGGUGACCGGCACGCUGGUCACUGGCUGCUGCCCACUUCAGCGUUAGCAAACUUCUAGCAAGAUCGGAACUGAGUACUAAACAACCUCUACACUUCCCCCCGGGCGCCAUUCCAGGGCCGGCGCCACAUUCCCCAGUGGGCGCGCAAUGGCCGCGCCCCCUCCCGCUGCGGACGGGUCUUUUGGUACAUGCAGUCCGAGGUCGCCAUGGAUCGGAUGAAGAAGAUCAAACGGCAGCUGUCAAUGACACUCCGAGGGGGCCGAGGUGUAGAUAAGACCAAUGGUGCCCCUGAACAGAUAGGCCUGGAUGAGAGUGGUGGUGGCGGCGGCAGUGACCUUGGAGAGGGCCCCACACAUGCUGCCUCUGGGGAACCUCGCUCUGGACGGGGCCCACUCAGCUCUGCACCAGAGAUUGUACACGAGGACUUGAAGAUGGGGUCUGACGGGGAAAGUGACCAGGCUUCAGCCACGUCCUCGGAUGAGGUGCAGUCACCAGUGAGGGUGCGCAUGCGCAACCAUCCCCCACGCAAGAUCUCCACUGAGGACAUCAACAAGCGCCUAUCACUACCAGCCGACAUCCGGCUGCCCGAGGGCUACCUUGAGAAGCUGACCCUCAAUAGCCCCAUCUUCGACAAGCCCCUCAGCCGCCGCCUCCGCCGUGUCAGCCUGUCUGAGAUUGGCUUUGGGAAACUGGAGACCUACAUCAAGCUGGACAAGCUGGGAGAGGGUACCUAUGCCACCGUCUACAAAGGCAAAAGCAAGCUCACAGACAACCUCGUGGCACUCAAGGAGAUCAGACUGGAACACGAAGAGGGGGCACCCUGUACCGCCAUCCGAGAAGUGUCCCUGCUCAAGGACCUCAAACACGCCAACAUCGUCACGCUACACGACAUCAUUCACACAGAGAAGUCCCUCACCCUUGUCUUUGAGUACCUGGACAAGGACCUGAAGCAGUACCUGGAUGACUGUGGGAACGUCAUCAACAUGCACAACGUGAAACUGUUCCUGUUCCAGCUGCUCCGUGGCCUGGCCUACUGCCACCGGCAGAAGGUGCUACACCGAGACCUCAAGCCCCAGAACCUGCUCAUCAAUGAGAGAGGAGAGCUCAAGCUGGCCGACUUUGGCCUGGCCCGGGCCAAGUCAAUUCCAACGAAGACCUACUCCAAUGAGGUGGUAACACUGUGGUACCGGCCCCCCGACAUCCUGCUCGGGUCCACAGACUACUCCACUCAGAUUGACAUGUGGGGUGUGGGCUGCAUCUUCUAUGAGAUGGCCACAGGCCGGCCCCUCUUCCCGGGCUCCACGGUGGAGGAACAGCUGCACUUCAUCUUCCGCAUCUUGGGAACCCCAACUGAGGAGACAUGGCCGGGCAUCCUGUCCAAUGAAGAGUUCAAGACAUACAACUACCCCAAGUACCGAGCUGAGGCCCUUCUGAGCCAUGCACCCCGACUUGACAGCGACGGGGCUGACCUCCUCACCAAGCUGCUGCAGUUUGAAGGUCGCAAUCGGAUCUCCGCAGAAGAUGCCAUGAAACAUCCAUUCUUCCUCAGUCUGGGGGAACGGAUCCACAAACUUCCUGACACUACUUCCAUAUUUGCACUAAAGGAGAUCCAGCUACAAAAGGAGGCCAGCAUUCGGUCUUCGUCAAUGCCUGACUCAGGCAGGCCAGCUUUCCGAGUGGUGGACACCGAGUUCUAAGCCACAGACCGAGGCCCCAGCAGGCAGCAGCUGGAGGGAUGCCAUACCCCUCACAGGGCAGCCCCCAACUGCAUCAUCCUCCCUGCUUGCUGCCUGCCUACCUGCCUGACUCAUGCUCGCCUGCCCACAUGUCCCUUGCUGCCUGUCUGAACACCCGACCAUUGGCCUGUCGGCCCACCCAUUGGCCUGUCUGCUGGGUGCUAACAAAGUUCUCAUCGCUCCUUCGCCUGGUCUGUCUGUCUGUCUGUCUGUGUGUGUCUCUCUCUUUCUGUCUCGGUAGUUGCCGGCGGACAGCAUGGCCAUGCCAGCCUCCCACACUGAGGCCAGGCCUAUACCCCUCCCCAUCAUACCCCCCCCAUCCCCCCGCCGCAGGACCACUACCCCACGGCAAGCCAGGGGUCUGGAGCUAGCCCAGGCUGGGGAUCUCGACUCAGACAAGACACGGUGAUGCCUUGGGUCUGAGGCUCCCCUGUCUGCUUUCCUGCCUGCCCCACCUGCCUCAUGUUGUGUGGGCCUUUUUCUUUUUGUUUGUUUCAUUCAUUGUUGUUUUUUAAUUAUUUUAAAUGAGGUUUUCAUUUUUUAAAUGCAAUAUCUCUGUAUACAGGCUGGCUGGGCCCCACCCACUGUGUGGCCCUCCCACAGUAUUUUGUGCAAUGAAGCCCCGCUCCCAGCCUUUCCAUGGCAGGGACACAACCCCUAUCCAAAAGCCUGACCAUCACCAGACCCUGGGGUCAGCUAAGGGAAAGCAUGCCUCAACCACUCGCCUUCCGACCCCCACCUGCCAUCCCCAGCUGCAGGGGGACUUGGGGACUACUGGAGACUCUCUGGGAGAUGGAUGAGGUGGGGGGCCCCCACUCUUUCCCUCCUGCAGUCCCAUAGCAGGGGCCUCCUUCUCAGGGUCUCCCUAGCCCAGCCCUCCUGCCUCCGUCCCACUCGGUGCUGUUGAGUAGGGGCCCUGCCAGGAACUGACCAACUCAGCGAGGAGCCAUAGUGUGUAUAUGUGCACAGGCAGGGACAGAGGGGCACAUGGGGGGGGGGUGCCCAGGCGUUACCCCCUAACCCCUGGGGAAGAUGAGGCAGGGCAGGGACAGUCUCUGGGGUCAGUCUCCAGAUGGGUGGUUACCUCCCCUUCACUCUAAACCCUGGGGCCCUCAAAUGGGGUGGGAGGGCAGGGGCCUUCCUAGGGGGGUUUGGGAGGGGUGGGUUCCUGAAUGCACCAUAAUCGCUGUAUGAAAUAUUAAAAAGUCUAAAGUGAAAAA